UUUUUCUUGGACUGUUCUCACUCCCUUAAGAUAACCUUACGGGAAGAUGCAACUACAAUACAGACAAUCUAUCAGUUCUUCUUCUUGAGAUACGCCACAUGAAACAGUAUUACCUAGAGAAAGUUUAGUGGCUGCAAGUUCAAAGUCCUGAAAUACAGAAGACAAUCUGCACAGUUGCAGGGGGCAGAGCCCAGUCCAGCGAGACCUCCCUCCCCAAACCGCCGUGGUCCUCCGCUUCCAGCCCGGGGAAAGCCCUCGCCAAAGGAGUGCAAGCGGCCGGCGGCGCAGGAAGAGCCAUGAGCCCGGGGAAGCUGUGCUCCCUGGUGCUGCUGGCCCUGGGCGCGCUGGCGGCGGUGGUCGCGCUGGUGGUCACCCUGACGCGGCCCACGUGCGGGCCCCAGCGCUACGUGCACGGAGCCGUGGCCGCCGACACCGAGACCUGCUCCCUCAUCGGCCGGGACAUCCUGAAAAGUGGAGGCACAGCGGUGGAUGCUGCCAUUGCUGGCUUGAUCUGCACCUCAGUGAUGAAUCCUCAGAGUUCGGGCCUAGGUGGUGGUGUUGUAUUUACCAUCUAUAACGCCAUCACAGGCAGAGUGGAGGUGAUCAAUGCUCGCGAGACAGUCCCACGAGAGUUCCCCCACGAUCUGCUGUCUGGCUGUGUCCCUGACGCCUGCAUCGGGCCCCGCUGGAUCGCUGUGCCGGGAGAGCUCCGCGGAUACGAGGCAGCACACCAGCGACACGGACGCUUACCGUGGAAAGCCCUGUUUGAGCCAACCAUCAAGCUCCUUUCAGAGCCACUUGCCAUUUCCCCUGUAAUGGACAAAAUCUUCCGUCACUCAAAGUUCUUGGUUCCAGGAAAACAGCUGUGCCCACUCAUAUGUGAUGGUGAAAGGUUUCUGAAGCUUGGGGAGAGCUUCAGGUGGCCGGCACUGCAGCAGACACUGAGAGCUGUGGCAGAAAAUGGAGCCAAAGCAUUUUAUGAGGGGCAGAUAGGAAAGGCCUUGGUGGAGGACCUUAGAAAGGCUGGAUCCAGUAUCUCCCUGGAGGACCUUCGGGAAUACAAAGCAGAGGUGUCCUCAGCUCUGAACAUUACCCUCAACAACCACACCAGAGUCUUUUCUCCUGGGCCGCCCUUGGGAGGUGCUGUGCUUAUGUUCAUCCUCAAGAUCCUGGAAGAGUAUAAACUUGGUGAAGCAUCACUGGCAACACCUGAGGAGAAGGUAGAAACAUACCACCGCAUUGCAGAGGCCCUGAAGUUUGGCAAUAUGCUAAAACCCCACAUGAGUGACCCAGCCUUCUCCAAAGCUCAGGUGCUUGUGAAGACCAUGCUGUCUGACAAGUUUGUUGAGCUUGUCAGACAAAAAAUGGAUACCCGAGGUGACCAUCCACUCAACCAUUAUGACUUGUUGGAGUCCAUCUACAACCACAGAUACCAAAGUAAGGGCACCAGCCACAUCUCGGUGAUCACGGCAGAUGGCAGCGCAGUGUCCGCCACCAGCACCAUCAACUACCCGUUUGGAUCCUUUGUAUAUUCCAGCCAAACCGGGAUCAUCUUAAAUAAUGAGCUGGCAGAUUUCUGCAUGGCAAACAGAAGCAUUCAAUCAGGAGAGAAGCCUCCCUCUGCAAUGGUGCCUUCCAUUCUCAUCUCCAAGACAGGAGACACGCUGGUGAUCGGAGGAGCAGGCGGGGCCUGGAUCAUCAGUGCUACUGCCAUGGCCAUCAUAAACAAGCUGUGGUUUGGCUACGACUUGGAACAUGCCAUUUCAGCCCCCAUCAUGCACACUGAUGGUGCCAAUAUCCUGUUUGAGGAACAUUUCAGCCAGGAGGUGAGGGGUGGACUGCUGGGAAGAGGACACAAAGGGACGGAAGAUGCAUUUGGAAUGAAUGUUGUGCAGGGAAUUUCCAAGGAAGGAAAAUGCAUCUCUGCCUACUCUGAUAAAAGGAAGCUGGGGAAGUCAGCUGGAUAUUAGCACAUGAUGCCAGGCCAGCUCACAGAACUACAGGAGAUAAGGAGAUUCAGAGUGUGUGCUGGCCAGGAUCUGCCAAUGUUGCCUGUUCCUAUCAGGCCUCCUCGAGUGUCUGUCGGCCAGACUUGUGAUUACACUGAUUGCAGUAGCCUGCAAAGCACCACCCCCAGGCCAUGCAAGGACAGGUCAGCCAGCCUUGUUUAGAGCUGCGUCCUCCUUUUCUUUUGUGAUAUAUGGAAAAGCAUAUUUCUUGAGCACAUCAGCUAUUCAGAAUAAGAGAAUACAAAAUGGGGGAAAAAAACUGGUCCAAAGCCCACUGGGAACACUGUGAAAUGACCCAGCUGUAUCUUCCAUUCCCGUGGGAGAGUCUCAGUUCAGAGUAGAACUGGUUUCUUACAAGCUGUUGCCACAAUAAGCUUAUUAUUACUGGGGCUCAGUGGUGUGAACUCAGUAGCUAUUUUGAUUACAAGGAUUACAAGAAGCGUCUGUAGGGUGAGGACUUUAAAAUCUUAAGCAUCCAGGCUUAGAGGGUGGGUUUGGAAAAGGAAAACCCCACACUCCUCACCCUUGGUUUCUCCAUCCAAAGAAGCCUGCCCUUUCCCAAAGGUGGCAAAUGAAACCAGCAAGCCACAGAACAUCUGCUGCCCUGCUACUCUCUGCCUUGAGGAUGCAAAGGACCCCACAAGCUCAGAGUCACUGUGCUGAAGCUUCUUUCCACCCUGCACUUUGCUGACUGAGAAUAAGCCACCUGUGGAGCUGCAGCCCUGUUCUCUCCCUGUGGCAAGGGGAGUCUCAAUCCGUGCCAGUUCUCCCUCCUCAGUGCCAGCAGAAGAUAAGGCUUUGGGAAGGCAGGUGAGGACUGCAGUGGGAGAGCUAUUGUUUUUGGAAACACAAAACAAAACAAAAGCUUCCUCUGAAGCCCUGGGCUCAGCCUGGCCCGGCAGAGAAAGGAUGCAGCACUGGCAGGGUGCUUUUCUCCCAUAGCCUAAUGGCAUGCUUCAACUCCCUGUUUACCACAACUAAUCUCCAGUGUUCCCUUAAGACCAUGAGGAGAUUGUAGGGCUACUUAAGAACUAUCACAGAGAGAGAAGACUUCUGGAGGAGAGACCUGACACAAAAGGUCUUUGGUGAUAACCAUAACCUUGUCCUGCUCAAAGUGGCCAAGAAAAUCAACUCUUUAAGAAAAAAACAACCAAAACCAAAAACACCACCACAAGCCCUCAACUCUUCUCAGAUACUCAGGGGCAAGUUCCCACAAUCCUCAACAACCACAUUUUCUGAAAGCUUGUGGGCUGUACUUCCCUGUGGGCACAGGCAGUAUUUGGGGGGGGCUGUUUUAAAAAGUGAAGCCAAACCAGAGCAAGGUACUAGCAGAGCCCUCCCUCUCCCACGUUGAUUCUUGCCUCACGCACAGCUCAUGCUAUUCCCAGUGCACUGAAACAAGCACAAUCCCUCUGUAAACACCAUUAACAAGCAUUGGAGCACACACUGUUAAACUCAAGCUGGGGCCAUCCACACACGCCCUUGCCAAGGUGGCCAGAGAGGUUUUAAGGCUACAUUCUUACCCACAAAGUCUGUCCAACAAAGACAGUGACUUGUUGAAAUCUCAGCCUUUGCUUGCAUUUUAAUGAUGGUCUCAGUGAAGUCUGACUAGAACCAGAUGUGUGUUUUUCUUCAGAAAUUGUACACCAAGGACUGUAGAGUGACUGCAGCUUAAUGAAAAAAGUGUUCCUAAGUUACCAGAUGAUAACUGCAAGCACUGCAUCAGGCAGCUGGAAGACAAGUUACUCAUGGAUAGGGCCACAACUUAUGUUCCCCGCGUUCGGGAAGGACUACUGGUUUCUCCAUCAGACAAGCCAUAGCAGUGACAGCAUUGCAGUGCUGCUGGCUGUGAGCAAAGGGAACCGGACUAAGGUUUGAGGGGGAGCAGUGUUGAUGUUCAUUUGGAAGGGGUUGCAGUGGCUAAGCUUUUUUGGUAGUUGUAUUCAAGCUACAGAAUUGGCUGAAGUUUUCUACUUUCAUUAACUCCCUCACCUCAGCUAUCAGUUCCCGGGUGCAUUGGUCCUAGGGUCAGAAGUAACACCCCAACUGUGGAGCUGUUACAGGGGAAGCCCUUACGGGCACCAGACACCAUCUGUGGCUCCCAUUUCAGGAGCAGCCGGGCUAACAAGGCCAAUAUUGGCUUUAGCAACACCUGCAGUUAUUUCUAGCCCAGUUGAGCUUAGAGCUUACAAGAAAGCAACUGAGAACAAUACUGGCUGCAGGCAGGAAAAGCAGUUCUUGCUUCCCUUCCUUCUGGGCAGCCCUCAGUCAUGCCCUAGGCCAUACUCCAUCAUGUUUUGCUAGCAGAAAAAACAAGUCACUGGGUAAUGAGGCCUCUGACUGCCUUCACUUCUGCCAUCUCUUAGGGUACAGCACACCUCAGUUUCGCAGCCUAUCACCUUUCCAGCACAGAGGAUCACAGCUACUUCUCACCAUGAAGACAUGGGAAUAUUAUCCAUAGUCCAGCACUCACUGCAAUUUAACUAUUUUGCUACCAACACUGAAACUGAGCCAAUUAAGCAGUUUUAAAACCCAUCACAGCUUUAAUUUGCAAGACAGGAAGGAAUGAGAGUGCAGAUCUCUCACAGCAGCAGAGACUUCCACUCCUGCAGUCCUCACUAGCAAACAUCUGGUGAAGCCAAAGGACUGUACCUACCUUAGGACCUCUGCUUUUGCCCUGCCACCUUCUUGCUGCUGUUGAAAGUCACUGGGGUCAAGAGCCUCCAGUUUUGUCUUUUCCCCAUUCAUGCUCAUGCCAACAGGAGAGCAUUAUUUUUGUACUCACUCAUCUUACAAGGACUUUGGAAGCAUCACUGCACAGAGGCUGCUUGAUUUUAUAACAAAGCCUUUAAAUUAUAUUUUUAAUAAAGUGUUUUU